ACAAAAUACCACUCUUCCAAAGAAAACGAAAACAAAUAUUUCAUUAUUAUUCUUAUCAUUAAUUUAAGUUAGUCAUCAGAAUUCCUAUUAAGGCUAAUUAUGUGAUAAAAAUCACGGGAGGAUCAUCCCGAUAUCGUUUAAUAUGAGCAACGGUGAGAAGAACACGAGUAACUCCCGGAGUCAAAACCAAGGCCAAGGUGCUGCUGCUGCUGCAAAUACGAGUGGGGGGAGUGCGGGGGCAAUCACAGCCCGGAAUCGAGCUAGAGACGCAGCUAGUCAGCAAUUGGACAGUGUAGAACAGACUGCAACCAAUACAAAGGAAAAGCGAAGUUGGUUCCAUUCACUAACCAGACGCAAAAAGUCGGAUUCGGCUCUGGCCAGUUCCAGUUCAACAGUCACCGCAGGUUCACAUUCCGUACAUCUGCAAAAUAACAAUAAUGAGCCAAUUGGAGGGACUUUGGAGGCAAGCUCGAGCACAGCCGGAGAUGCAUCCGUUAGCAAUAGCAGCAACCUUGGAGGAGCACUGCGCAAGCGUAAGGACAAGAAGAACAUGUUUUCCCGUAUACGAAAGAAGAUGGGAUUGGGCUUAAGCGCACUACGCAACUGGCACUCGAUGGGCGAUGAUUGUGACUGUGAUGGAGGCACUACGGAUGCCAUGUAUGAAUUCCUGACUCCGCCAAUACGCAUUGAGCCCACAUUACCGUUCACACAUGAUUACAUGCGAUUCAUAAGGAGAAAGUGGCUGGAACGACAGGAUACACCAAAUGAGGUCAUGUAUAAGGCCUGUUCAGAAAUGCUCAAUCAAGUUUGGUACUGGGGUGAGAUCUCGAGACGUGAUUCCCAGAAGCAGCUCAGUGACAAGCCAACAGGAUCAUUUUUGGUUCGAGAUUCGGAAACGAGCGGUUCCCAAUUUACGCUCAGCUUUCGUAUUGUCAACGUAACGUUGCAUUAUCGCUUGGAGUAUCGAGAUGAGUUUUGGCACUUUGAGGAAUUGAAAUAUGAGUCGAUUGUCGAAAUGAUUGAGGACAUCUUGCAUCGCUGUACGAAUGAUAAUUUCGUCUGUUUUGUGAAGGUUCCCAAUGAAAUGCAGCCGCCGUUUCCAGUAAUACUCAAGUAUCCGCUAAGUCGAUACUUGAACAUGCCCAAGCUGCAGGAUCUGUGCCGACGUGUGCUCCAGACCCAAAUGCCCGUUGAAGAUCUGGCCAAGCUGCCAGUGCCGGCCCAAAUGCUGGAGUAUCUAUCCGUUGAGCGUGAAUUGGUAUUCCAAAGCUAGGCGCAUUGCCAAUGCUGGUAUUAGCUUUAAAAUAAACAAGGAGAGCACAGUGAAAAAUAACAAUGAAAAAACCAAAGAGGUUAAGUAGGCAGCUGGACGACAACUAAACGGCACUGCCAACAAAUAUAGAUAUUGUAUUGCUUGGAUCGGAGAAGGAGAAACAGAAACAGUGAAAAUACAGGCCAUAGCUAAAACAAAAGCAUUUUGUGGAUGGCAAGCAAUUAAACCACGCACAAACAAAAAUUUAU